CGGCCGUACCCGCGAGGCGCACCAAAGUCGCGUGCACCACCCGCUUCGUCGGGGCGGCGCCCGGACCGUUCUAUAAAGCGCCGAGACGCCGUGACGACGACUUCACUCCCGUCCUGCUGCCUACUCCACCCCCGUCAACACGUUACGCGUCGUCGGCAACAGUGAGGCAAGGUGGCGAGGUUUGAAUCACGUGUCAAUCCAACCGAUAUACCUAUGGCGACCAUGAGCAACAGCAAUGGGUCAACGAUGCAGAUUAACAAUCGGCCCGACGACAUUCGCAAACGCAUUAUCGGAUACGACAGUGCGGGAGGAGACACGACGGCAUGCGGGAACAUCUUGGUGGUAUUAUCAUGGAUUGUUGUAAUAUUAACGAUGCCGUUCUCCCUCUUCGUUUGCUUCAAGGUUGUGCAAGAGUAUGAAAGAGCCGUCAUAUUUCGACUGGGACGUCUUCUAUCAGGCGGCGCUAAGGGCCCCGGGAUCUUUUUCAUUCUGCCGUGCGUGGACAACUACGCGCGCGUUGAUCUGCGAACCCGAACGUACGACGUACCGCCGCAAGAGGUUUUGACGAAGGACAGCGUUACAGUAUCCGUUGAUGCAGUAGUUUACUACCGUGUUAACAACGCAACCAUUUCGAUUGCGAAUGUGGAGAACGCGCAUCAUAGUACGAGGCUGCUGGCUCAGACAACCUUGAGGAAUACUAUGGGGACGCGACCGCUUCAUGAAAUAUUAAGCGAACGAGAAACACUCUCCGGAAACAUGCAGGUUUCCUUAGACGAAGCUACUGAUUCGUGGGGAAUAAAGGUAGAACGAGUUGAAAUCAAAGAUGUACGACUUCCCGUUCAGUUGCAACGGGCUAUGGCAGCGGAAGCUGAAGCUGCACGCGAAGCACGCGCUAAGGUGAUCGCCGCAGAAGGUGAACAGAAGGCCAGCAGAGCUCUGCGCGAAGCGUCGGAAGUCAUCGGUGAUUCACCGGCUGCUUUGCAACUCCGUUAUUUGCAGACACUGAACACGAUAUCGGCGGAGAAGAACUCUACCAUUGUGUUUCCGCUACCAAUCGAUAUGAUAACAUAUUUUAUGAAAGCUUUGCCGAAGGAAUAAUUGCGUAAGAGAGAGCGAGAGAGAGAGAGAGAGAGAAAAGAAAGAAGAAAGAAGAAAGAGAGCCUGCAUUUCGCAGAGUAUGACGAUUGAAAAGAAGAAUAAUAAUUCCUCCGAGUUUCCUUGAGGGAUCUUUCGUUUAGCGAUUUAUCCGUAUAUUUGACAAUGCGUGUAUAUUACAUCUUGACGAUAGAGAGUUGCCAAUAUUCGACCAAUCUCUGACAAUUUCAAAUUUAACAGGCUGUAACAGAGUGAUUACUUGUAACGUUGCACGUGUGAUUUUCGUCGCACAGGAUCAACCCGGAGUAUUCUACACGGCAUAGACUGAAACACAUAUUUUUGGAAAAUCUUACAGCGUUAUUUUAUGCAUUUACAUGCUAUAAGGAGUAGCGUAGCAAAAUUUAUAGCAUGUAGAUAGAGUGUAAUCGAACGACAUCAAUAUUUGCAUAUAUUCGGUCCAUUUUUGGCACGGCAAUAAUUUCACUUGCGUCAAGUAUAACAUUUGCAAUUAAUAAAUUCAAAUGGUGAAAAAUAUGCAAUGCUCGAAAAUCAAUUAAUCCGUUCGUCACAAAUCUCGCACUGCCACUGAUGCCGGACUUGUAUAAAAUAUGAUAUCGAAUUACGACAUUGAUAUCGAUUUUACGACAUUGAUCAAGUCGAUCGAACCAUAUAAACGAAAUUUAUUCAGUACAAUAAUUAUUCAAAAUAAAUGUCAAGGAGCGAUUCUUUCUUGUCAAUUUUGUGAUAUGCGUGAUAUUGAAUUACUACCACUUAAUAAUCAACAGUGAAAGCAAUUUAAAUAGCAAUUUCUUGCCUAUUUCUUGCCUAUUUAUAAUACCUUACGGUACCAAAUUAUGUUUUUCAUGUACGAUAUUUAUUUCACAAUAUAUAUUCCUCGAUAAUUUUAUACUUUGAUCAUGUGGUGCUAUUUAAAGCUUAUCGCCAAUACUGGUAAUAUUGCCAAGGGCGCUUAAGUGUUAAGAAUAAUUACUUUUACAGUCACUAGAAAUAUUUGUACAUUAGAGGCCUGUAACGAUUGCUUGGUCCAACAUCGGCAACUCUUGCUAGCGAUAUUUAUACGUUGUUUACUCAAUCACGCUUUGAUAUUCUUACAGUUAUCUGGUAAAAAAAAGCAAAAAAAUUAUCGGGUAUAUACACAUAGAGAUGAUCUCGGAGAAAACGUUCAGUAUUAUUUAUUCAAUAAAAUGCAAAAUUGAAUUGGAUAAGUAGCUAUUCCCUAAGAAGCACGUAGAAUAAUUAAAUAAUAAUCAAAUCAUCGAAGGAUACGUAUGCAUUUAAUAACAUUUUCGCUUUUGUUAAUCAAUUUUGUCGGACGUCUACCCCAUGUAUGAUUUUUGUUUUCUGUGCUGUAAAUAUUUUCGAUGCUCUAUUGUUAUCGUAAGGGAGAUCAAGAUUUCACGUCUUAGCAUUAGUUGUUUAAAGGCGGAUGCGAAUCGCGUAAUGCAUUAAAUUAUAUCGAAUAAAACGAUGGAAGAACUAGUGUAUCGUUUUUAAAAGACUCGUAAAGAAAAUUCAUUAUAACUGUGAUGGUUGUUAGAUUGUAGAAUAAGAUCAGUUCGCUUGACAUAACAUUCUUAAAGCGAGCCGAUCAUCGUUUCACUUCCGCGUACAUUUAAAGGCGAGGGACGGUAUCUAAUUCGCGUUAGAAUAGAGAAUGUUUCGCUUUGUAAAGCGCGAUAAUGAGAAAUGAUCGUAGUACCGCUAUACGGUUUAAGCGAUAAAACUGUGGAUUUAACGUUGUUUCUCCGACGUCUGAUAUAUUCUAACUGUGCAGUGUCUCACGAAAUUGACCAAGCAUUUCAAGAAAAUUUGAAGAAGAGGUUUAGAAACCUGUUAUUUCCUGUACAGCACAAAACAUGCAGUAACAUUGCAACAACAUUGCUACAAUAUUGCAACAUUGCUGUAGUGUAGCUGCAUUGUAACUGCAAGGUUUGUGCUGUAUGGGUUUAGAGGAACAUAUUUCAUAUGUACCUUUUCAAAUGAGCUGCAGAAGCUUGUUUUUAUAUACUCUCCUUUCCUUCGUGAUGGGACCAACAUAUAUCGAAUCAUUUUGAUCAUAUAAUGAAAACUUUCGAUAUUAUACAAUUAUAAUUUAAAACCAGAGACUUUUUGAAAGAAUCUUGAGAGUCUUGGAUGUUCUUGAAGUCUUGAAAGUUUUGAAGAUUUCGACGUAUUUGUCAUUCCUUUCAUAACGCUUUACAUUACACAGUCUACUUUAUUUUAUAUGCGUUGCGGAUAUUUUUACGAAUUUUUUAAAAUAUUUUAGAUACUUGAACUUUUGAAAACAAGUAGAUCUUUUAGAUUCAAGACUUUCUAGAAUUUGUAACGUCAAAUGAUAUCCAAAGACAAUCGGAAUCUUUCAUAAUCGAAUUGUUCGAAAACUUUUAGAAAAAGAGAAUAAUAUUCAGUAAUUUAUAAUAUUCAGACGCCCAUCACUACUUCGCUCUUCUCUCUCUAUAUAUAUAUAAAUAUAUAUAUAAAUAAAUAAUAAACUUUUUAAAAUAUUUGAUCACUUUUACGGAUAAUUAUAUAUAAAAUAGUAUUGUGUCUCGGUGCAUAUCUCUUGCAUAUAUGUAUAUAUAAAUAUACACACAUACGUACGUGCGUGUGCACGUGUAUGUGGGCGUUUUAUCUACAAGCAUUACUGGAAUUUUGUGCUUUCUAAAAAUAAGACGGAGAGAGCGGUCUCCAAUUUUAUUAAAUGUAUAAAUGCAUGCACACAUCUAUAGCGUUGAUUUAAGUUACAUUACAUCCUCCCUCCCCUCUGUUUAAUCAGUCUACCAAUCUGCAGACGUUAAUGAUGCAAAGUUUGUGAAUAUUAUCGUAACAUUCUACCGCUAUUAUUCUGUAUAACUGAUCGAUUGAUUACGGUAGCACGGUAAUUUUUACGACGACGAUGUUUACCGUCCCGUUUUUAUAGUUCAUAAUAUUUUAUCGAUACUAUUGUACUUCGUCAUCGAUUUCAUUUAAGUACACGAUACCUAAAAACUUGGAAAGAUGCGUCUCUCCUCUCGCAGCUUCGUCCCUUGAUGUACGGGAAUCCGCGUGAUGUGCGAAUGUAAAAGGAAACCUGUUCGCGCACGCACGUUUGAAGAGACACGCAUACUCCUCGAUUUAUACGCGACGGCACAUUUAUGUAUAAAGCUAAGUUACUAGUUGCUUUUUAAGCGUACCCUUUGUACGUUGACAUGAUUACGAUAAAAAAUAUAUAUAUGUGUUGAAAGUUCUGAAA